UUCGGGGAAAGGGUAACUCUCUCUGUAUGCUAUCGUGCGCCUCUUCUCCCGCCGCUGCCCUAAUCGUACCACCGAUCACCGCCGUCGCGUUUCGAGAGCAAUGGUGGGCGCCACCGGGAGUAACGGCGGAGUUGCGACGGUGGCGGAGCCGCAGUACGAGAAAGCGAAGAUAUCCGUGUGGUGGGACAUCGAGAACUGCCAGGUUCCGAAAGGAUGCGAGCCCCACUCGAUCGCACAGAACAUAAGCUCGGCGCUGGCGAAUAUGAACUACUGCGGGCCGGUGUCGAUCUACGCGUACGGCGACACCACGGGCAUUCCAGCCACCGUCCAACAGGCUCUCAAUAGCACCGGCAUCGCCUUGAACCACGUCCCUGCAGGAGUUAAAGAUGCAAGCGACAAGAAGAUUUUGGUGGAUAUGUUAUUCUGGGCCGUGGACAAUGCUGCGCCUGCUAAUUUUUUGUUAAUUUCUGGUGAUCGAGACUUUGCUAAUGCUCUGCAUCAGCUGCGCAUGAGGAAAUACAAUAUUCUACUGGCGCAACCUCAGAAAGCAUCUGUACCACUUGUUGCUGCUGCAAAAAGUGUCUGGCUCUGGACAAGUCUUUUGGCUGGAGGGCCACCUUUAUCGAAUGGCGGCUCUCUUCAAUCUGUUGACAGCAACUCUAGUUAUUUUUCCAUCUCUGAAUCAUUGCAUGGUCUUGGUCCUGAUCCUGUUCACUUGAACCAGCCAGCGGAUUCCUUCUAUGAGAGCCAUCACUCUGGGACUCAGAAACCCUCAAGUAUGGGGAGGGGAAAAGAUGCUAAAUUUAAAGGGAAACUGCCUCGGAGGAUUCUUAGUCAACCAAAUAUUUCAGUAUCUUCAAGUGUGCCACUAGGAGUUAAAGAAGAUCAGAAUAGUUCAAACUCCCAUCAACCUGGAUAUAUGCAUGUGAAGCAAUUUGAGGACCCCCGGGAUUUAUCUAGUACUUGUGAUCCCCAAGUAACCUCAAGCAUGCCUGCCCAAAACUUCAUGCCUGGCAGUGCUGACCUUUCUUGGACUACCAACAAUAACAUUCAGAGUAAUUACCAAAACUAUUACUCGCGUCCUGUAAGGCCAAACAACGUUCCUUUGCAGCCUACAUUUGCACCAGGUAAUCUGCCUCGACCUGAUCAGCGUGCCUUUGCUUCCCAUUCAGGGCCUGCAAGGCCUGAUGGACCAAGCUUCACGCCAGGUCCUCCAACAAAAGUGCCUGAUGUUGGCAAGCUAAAUAUUUCUGGAUACCGCGGAAACGAUUAUCAGCCAUCUAAUUCACAACCACGAAUUGGAGUAGAGUUGAAACAAAAUCACUCAAGCCAUGUAAAAUUAAAUGGUCCGCAGAGGGGCCACGUGCGUAACACACCUUCAUUUUACCAUGACACACCGAUCAACACACAACUGAAUGGUCGAGAAUUUCAAUCGCCAUCUUCCUCGGCCACAGUUUCCACUGAUAACUCCAGUCAUGGUGUAUGGGCAACUCCAGGAUGCUCUAAACCGUCUGAAUAUGUUCAAGCCCUGAUCGGGGUAGUUCUACUUGCCUUGAACACGUUAAAAAAUGAGAAGAUUAUGCCAACUGAAGCAAAUAUAACUGAUUGCAUACGUUAUGGUGAUCCCAAGCACCGAACAGCUGAUGUUAAGAAAGCUUUAGAGAGUGCAGUUGAGCAGCAGCUUGUACUUAAGCAGAACUUAGGAGCUUUGCAAAUGUAUGUUGGUAAGAAUCAAAAACUAUGGAACUGUGUGAACACCAUGGGGGGUAAUAUUAAUCGUUACCCAGAAACAACAUGGAAUGAAAUCCGUAAAUUUUUAACAUCCUCUCCUGGCCGAUCCGCAGUAAUGGCUUCUCAAUGCAGGUAUGAAGCCGCUACUAUUAUGAAGCAAAUGUGCUUAAAACAGUUUGCUUUGGGCGAUGUACUUCAGAUCUUACACCUGGUGAUCAAUGUGAAGAAAUGGGUCACACAUCAUCAGUUAGGAUGGCAGCCAGUUAACAUCACUGUCACAGAGGCCUGACCUGAAUUGGGGGCUGCAGCUGGAACAUAAGCCCAAUAGGAGCUAGUUUUAGUUUAAAGGAGGGCUGGUGGAAAAUUAUUUGAUAUGGAGUACUCAAAAGGUUUCUUGGAACUAGGGAUCGGUUAGUGGAGGUUUGGUUUCUGAAGGACUAUCAACUAUAGAGUUAAUAGCAAUGGAAGUUUAUUUGAGGUGGUUCAUUGGUACAAUGACAUUGGUUGGUUUUUUUUCGCUUCUUUGGGAAUUAGAAAGAACACCUGGAUAAUUGUCUGUAGAGGCAACUAUGCUGAGUUUGUGGGGUUGCUAGACACUAGCUAGUUGCUACCAUGAUCAGCUUUCUCCAGUAUAAGGGUCUACAUUGUGCAUAUGCGGUAUACAUCUAUGGGUAUACUUGCUUUGCAUGGGGUUGGCUCUUUUGUGAUUGUUUAGAUGUUUUGAGGGGAAGUUGACAAACUAAAAAAAAUUUGGCGCUAGGUCUCCAAUGUUUCUGUGAUUUAUUGAGGACUAGUAGUUUGACUAAUUUGUUACCUCCAAUAUCAUGGAGCUAACAAUGGAAGAGGUUCUUAGAUUGCAACAAGCAUUAUUGGCGAGAAACUAUUCCUGAUAUUGGUAAUCAAAUGAAGAUGGAGUUGUUUACUAAAUGAACACAGAUGAAUUUCUGAUAUUUUUACCUCCAGUGCUCGUGGAGUUAGCAACGGAAAGGUUCCAGAUUGUGUAGUGCAGUGUCUGCGUGAAAUUAAUUUCUGAUAUUGAUAAUCAGAUCAAGAUGGAGAAGUUUACUUAGUGAGCAGGUAAAAUGUCGUUGUGGCUGCAGACAUAUAUUGAAGCAGUCGAAGUUACGUUGGAGGACUUUGUUACCUUCUUGAAUCUCACUUCAAGCUGUUGUGAUUUAAAGGUGGAAACCAUUUUGAUCUCCUAUUAGUGUAUGAUACUAUUAGCUAAUACUAUAUGAAGAGCAAAUGUAGUGCCAGAUGACCACACGUUUCAUUUCAAUGCAGUAUGAGUUGAGACAACCAUGAAGAUGCCAGUUGAUGCUGGAAUGCAAAGAUCUCUGUUGAGGUUUACUAAGAAAGACGCAAGAUUGGCUGUUGAGGCCUACUUAACCACCGAUUUUCAAAGUUCCCUUGUUACAUCACAUUAUAUAACCAUGAAGAUGCCAGUUGAUGCUGGAAUGCUAAGAUAUCUGUUGAGGUUUACUAAGAAAGACGCAAGAUUGGCUGUUGAGGCCUACUUAACCACUGAUUUUCGAAGUUCCCUUGUUACAUCACAUUAUAUAACCAUGAAGAUGCCAGUUGAUGCUGGAAUGCUAAGAUCUCUGUUGAGGUUUACUAAGAAAGACGCAAGAUUGGCCGUUGAGGCCUACUUCACCACCCAUUUUCAAAGUUUCCUUGUUACAUCACAUUAUACACACACAUAUCGAAUCCGCAGCUGUGUUUCCUUUGUGCGUCGGUGUUUUGUUACUGGGUCAUGUCAGGCACUGUUAAACCUGUUUAAUGUACAUUUUUACAUGAGUUUGUAUUAUAUUUUGCCAUGCAGUGGCUCUGAACAAUCAACUUAUUAACCAAUGCAGAAGUUUUAUUAUAUUC